AUGGCUUCCGCAUUCAUUUACUACCGCAUUUUCACCCUCGUUACUGUCUUCGUCACGGCCAUAGUUGUGCUCAUUCUGAGUGUGCAGACUGCCGUUGCAGUGCACAGCCUCAUCUUGGAGGACUCCGGUGUUACCUGGAGCAAUGCGGGCAUCGCCGCCAGCAUCAUCACGCUGGUCGGCAUGUCGUUCAUCUUCUUACGCGAAUGCAUCGGGCGCGGCGCCCUCGUUCUGUACGAGCUCGUCGUGCUCUUCCUCAGCUCCAUCCUCUUCUUCGUCACCGGGACCGCCGCCUUCACUGAUGGCUCCGCCGUUAUGCAGCCCGUGCGGGACUUCGGCCUCGCAUGCAAGGACUUCGACAACUCCGACCUUGUCACCAUAUGCCGGGACCAGCAGCCGAUCGGCAUCAUCUCGGUCGCUGCAGGCGUUUGGCUUGCGAUCUACUGCCUCGUGCUCGUCUUCGUCGCGCAAGCCGCGUCGAGCCGCGGGAAGUCGAUCUGGACCUCGGAAUUCCGGGUGGACAACACGGAGAAGAAGCUGGCGGGUCCCGUGCAGACCCGGAUUGUCUGA